GGCAGGACACGCAGGCGACAAGGACUGAGGAGGAUUGGACACCCCCUGGAGCCCUCAUCUCAUGGGCGACUGGAGAGAGCGCGGUGCUGCUGGCCGUGGCCAUGGUAGCGGCGCAGAAGCGGCCGCCGAACUACAACCCGGCGUCCAUGCCGGAGACGGACUUCGACUGCAGCGACAAAGUCAUCGGCGGCUACUACGGGGACGCGGAGACCGAGUGUCAGAUGUUCCACGUGUGCGUCAAGGUGCCGGGCAUCGGGGUUCAAGACUUUAGAUUCUUGUGCCCGAACGACACGGCAUUCGACCAGGAGAACCAGGUGUGCGACGACUGGUACAACAUCGACUGUGAGUCAUCAUCCCUUUACUUCGGAGACAACUUCGAUUUAUUCCGGAUUGGUGCGGGCCAGACGUCCAACCCGAGGCCGAACGGGUCGAGGCCGUCGCCGACCCCCAUCCCGCUCGGGCCGUCCACCCAGCGCCCGGCCCUCAACGGCCAGCCGCAGCCGGGCGCGCCCCAGGGCCUGCCGCCGGCGCCGCGCACCAAGCCCAUCGCCUCCAACCACGCCGGCGAGGAGGACGACGACUUCUUCCUGCAGCGCGCCGACACCGGGGACCGCCGCCUUCACCACGGCACCAGCAGGGACAUCUUCAAGGGCUCGCAGAGUGGCAACUUCUUCAACAGCAAGAACGGCGGCAAGGAUGACGACGACGACUACGAGCCGGACUACAGGCCCAACGCGUUCCGCCACAGCCAGAAGGCCAAGACCACCGGGCCGCUGCCCCAGUUUGUGCAGCAGUACCAGCAACAGCCCAAGCAGCAGCCCCAGCAGCAGGCACAGCCCCAGCAGGCCCAGCCCCAGCGCAACAACUUCCAGCAGCCGCAGCAGCAGACGACCCCCCAGCGCAACAACUUCCAGCAGCCGCAGCAGACGACUCCCCAGCGAAACAACUUCCAGCAGCAGCAGACGACGCAGCCCGCCCGCCAGAACUACCAGCAGCCCCAGACCACUCCGCGGGCCGUGCAGCAGCAGCAGCCGCAGCAGCAGACCACCAACUUCCCCCAGCAGGACAACUUCAACCAGCAGCGCAAAAAGAAGGUGACCGUGCGCAGGAAGCUGGUGCAGAAGGGCAGCCAGGACCAGGACCAGUACCAGCAGUACAAGCAGCAGCAGCAGCAGGACCAGUACCAGCAGCAGCAACAGCAGGACCAGCAGCAGCCGCGCCGAAGCGAGUACCAGGACGACGAGGAGUACUACCGCACCUACCAGCACGACCAGCACUCCAACAUCGACAGCCCUAACCAGGCCUUCGGACAGCGAGGCAACUUCCCCGCCAUCCGCACCACCAUCGCACCGAUCACGCACGCGUCCACGGCCGCCACCCAGGAGACCCGCGGCUUCAACACGCAGACGCAGGGCUUCGCGUCGGGCGCCCCGACCACCGCCUUCACCGCGGCCACGACCACCGUGGUGGACGCGGCGCGCAACCACAACUACCAGACCAAGGCGAGGUACAACACCAUCCAGCGCUCCCGCGGCGAGCAGCCCACCACGGCCACCGAGUACUUCACCUCGCCGUCAACGCCCGCGCCCACCACGGCCCAGCAGAAGCAGUACUCUCUGUUCUACGCCAAACAGCAGCAACAGCAGCAGCAACAGCAGCAGCAGCAGCAGACCAACCCGCCGACCACUCAGCAGCCCUUCUUCCAGCAGCAGCGAGGCUCCUCCCCCGCGGCCACCACGACCACCGCCGCCGCGGCCAACAACAACAACAACAACCGCUUCAACUACAACACCUACAGGCUAAACAACGGCGGCAGCACGACCCAGUCGGACGACUACGAGCGGCCCGAGGAGCAGGAGUUCCUCAAGACGGCGCACUCGAGCAACUACCGCGCCAGCGACUUCAACUCGUUCAACCGCGCCAGCUUCAACACCAAGGACAGCGGCAGCGCGUACAACACAAAGGCGGCGGGCAACCAGACCACGACCAGUGUGCAGACCACUAAGCCCAGCUCCGCUUUCCCCGUGUACUUCCCGACCAGCCCGCGGCCCGCGCCCUUCAGCCCGCCGCAGACCACGGCGUCGCCACAGCCGCGCCAGGCCACCUCCGCCGCCUCCUCCGGCACCUCGGCCCGCGACAACUACUACAGCCCGCAGAACGCCCCCAGGCCGUUCUCGCCCUCGCCCGCGCCCAACAACGGCAGCCCGGCCACCAGCGCGCCCAGCACGGUCGCCGCCUUCAACAACCAGUUCAACAGCCGGCAGCCCUCGUCUAGGGCGAGCGCCGUCGCGGCCCCCGCCACCACCUCCGCGCCCGCGCCGCCCCCCAAGAAGUACACCGCCAAGGUGCUGCCCAACAGCGGCUCGGCCAGUCCCACGGCCGCCGCGCCACUCAAGUCGACGGCGUCCGCCAUCAAGAACGACUACGACUACGCCUACUACGACGACAGCGACGCGGGGGCCUACGAGUACGGCCUGGACCCCAUCAGCGACUCGCACUUCGCCAAGACGCGCACCGACAGCGUCAAGGUCAAGAGCGACCAGCAGUGAGUGACCUCACGGGCGCUCCCGGGGUCGGAGCCAGAGGGGGCCGCGAGGGGGGGUCCUCCGCCCUCCGGCCGCCCUCUGGACCCGCCCCCGCGGCGCGUUGAGCCAAGUGACCAGGUGGGUGACGCACCCCGGCGUCGAGAGGACGCGCCGGUACUGACUGACGACGAGAAGUAAAGAGGGCGGCUGAGAGCGCCCGGCCGGCCGACCGUGUUGCGUCGUGUUAAAGUUGUUGUUAUGUGUUGAAAAAACGGAAAACAAAGAAAAGAGAGGUAAUUUUACAGAGACUUUUCGUUGCGGCAGGGUUAUACCUGAAGAGGAGUGCCAGGAAACGUCGGAAACUACGUAUCGUACGAAAUUAAAAUGAAAAGACCUCAAAAUUAUACGACUUGAAAAGCUUUUGGGGAGGAACGUUUUGUCCUAUUUAUACAAUAUUAUUUGUUGUUUCACAAAUGUUUCUUGGCAUUGCCUCCUUAGCCUCCAGAUUGGCCCAGAGUGUUAUUCUGAUGUAGUAGCCUUUAGACUAGAGUUUGACAAAUGCCUUUUACGUAUGUGGUGUGUACAAAUUUAAAAGUAUUUUCCGAUAGUUUACUGCUGUCAAAUUCUGUCUUGGGGCGUUGGAAAUCUCUGUGCGGAUCUCCGCAGGCUAGAGCGUAAUGAAUGGACCUGAGAAAAAAUGCUGCAAGCAUGUCUGUCUAAUUUCGUCUGUAAGUAUGAAAUGCAGCUCAAUGUGUUCCUUAUUUAAUUGUCUAUCAUCUUCUCUUUUGUAAUUUCUUUUUUUUACUGGUGUGUAUAUGUAUGCGAAUGUGUGCGUGAGUGUCUGUGUUGUAUGUGUGUGAACAAGUAAAUAAAUGGUAGGUGGGAGCCAUAUUAGACCAAGAAAAAAUGCAUUACAUUGCAUUUUUUGUGGUAAGAGUAUUUGCAAAAAGUAUUGACAACAAAGCUAAGUCAACGUUGUCCUAAACAAUGUCAAUUUCCCCACCUACUUCUCAGUGUACUUAGUCGCGGUUCUUAUGUGACCUGCUUCUGAAAGCCUGCUAUAAUGUACAGAUGUUUUCCCCUAAUAUGAUACAAUCAGACGGAUCAUUGUCGAGAAACUGGCACAUGUACUGACCUAAUUUGCGAAGAAAUGUGAAGUUACCAAACUGUUGAUGCUUCCUAGAUUCAUCUCAGAGUGAUUUUAAGUCAUGAAACUAUUUUGUUUAAUAAUUGUAAGUCUUAAAAGGAAAGAAAAGUUUAAUUACUCCCAUAAAUUAAUUAAACGCCAACCACAAAAGAAUGAAUACAACUCAGUAAUUGUAAGAGAUGAGGAAGCAUGAAACCAAUUUAUGUUGCCAAUACUGUAAAUAAUAAAUACUAUCCCGGAGACUGUUAAUAAAUCUCUCUUUAAACUCGAUGGAUGUUUCAGGCGCGAUUUUUUUGUGCCAGUACUUUUAAAUUUGUGUAAAUAGCGUAAAAUAAAGUCAUACCCUGAUGA